GAAGAGCUGCCGGAAGUAGGCGGUGGAGGUGGCGGCAGAGCUGCUUACAGCCACCAGGGAAACAGAGGCGGGAAGCGCAGCGGGCAGACCCUCAGCACCGGGGGUCAAGUGUGCGUCCCGCACGCCUGAGGCCGAGAGCUCGCUCCGCCUAGACCGCUUCUGGGGUCCCGCAGCCUCCGCGGACCUCAGCCUUGCCCCGAAGCCCGCCAGGGGGCGCCGCGCUGAGGGGCUGCGGGGUGGGGGGCGGACGGCCCUGACCCCGGGGCUGCUCGGGGCCGGGCGAGAGGACCGCCUGGGCGGGGACCCCGAGGCCUCAGCCCCCGGACAGAGGCAGGGGUUCUUGGGGGCGCAGGGGGCGCGUCGCCCUCUGCCCCCGCCGGCACCCUGGCCAUGACAGGCAAGUCGGUGAAGGACGUGGAUCGGUACCAGGCGGUGCUGGCCAACCUGCUGCUGGAGGAAGAUAACAAGUUCUGUGCCGACUGCCAGUCCAAAGGGCCGAGAUGGGCCUCCUGGAACAUUGGUGUGUUCAUCUGCAUUCGGUGUGCUGGAAUCCACAGGAAUUUGGGGGUGCAUAUAUCCAGGGUAAAAUCAGUGAACCUGGACCAGUGGACUCAAGAGCAGAUUCAGUGCAUGCAAGAGAUGGGGAAUGGAAAAGCAAACCGACUCUACGAAGCCUACCUUCCUGAGACCUUUCGGAGACCUCAGAUAGACCCAGCUGUUGAAGGAUUUAUUCGAGAUAAAUAUGAGAAGAAGAAAUAUAUGGACCGAAGUCUGGACAUCAAUGUCCUUAGGAAAGAGAAAGAUGAUAAGUGGAAACGAGGGAGUGAACCUGCUCCAGAGAAAAAGAUGGAACCUGUUGUUUUUGAGAAAGUAAAAAUGCCACAGAAAAAAGAAGACGCACAGCUACCUCGGAAGAGCUCCCCGAAAUCCGCAGCCCCUGUCAUGGACUUGUUGGGCCUGGAUGCUCCUGUGGCCUGCUCAAUUGCAAACAGUAAGACCAGCAAUGCCCUAGAAAAGGAUCUAGAUCUUUUGGCCUCUGUUCCAUCCCCUUCUUCAGUUUCCAGAAAGGCUGUAGGUUCCAUGCCAACUGCAGGGAGUGCUGGUUCUGUCCCUGAAAACCUGAACCUAUUUCCAGAGCCAGGGAGCAAGUCAGAAGAAACAGGCAAGAAACAGCUCUCCAAGGACUCCAUCCUAUCACUGUAUGGAUCCCAGACGCCUCAAAUGCCUGCCCAAGCAAUGUUCAUGGCUCCUGCUCAAAUGGCAUAUCCCACAGCUUACCCCAGUUUCCCUGGGGUUACACCACCUAACAGCAUCAUGGGGAGCAUGAUGCCUCCACCAGUAGGCAUGGUAGCUCAACCAGGAGCCUCUGGAAUGGUUACCCCCAUGGCCAUGCCUGCUGGCUAUAUGGGGGGCAUGCAGGCUUCCAUGAUGGGUGUGCCCAAUGGGAUGAUGACCACUCAGCAGGCCGGCUACAUGGCAAGCAUGGCAGCUAUGCCCCAGACUGUGUAUGGGGUUCAGCCAGCUCAGCAACUGCAAUGGAACCUUACUCAGAUGACCCAGCAGAUGGCUGGGAUGAACUUCUACGGAGCCAACGGCAUGAUGAACUAUGGACAGUCAAUGGGCAGUGGAAACGGCCAGGCAGCCAAUCAGACUCUGAGUCCUCAGAUGUGGAAAUAAGAGCAAAGCUCCUGUGUGGCUGCCACUCUCUUCCGCCCUUGCUUCCCUCCCUCCUCUUCUUUCCCCAGCCCUCCCCUUCCAUUUUUCCUACCUCUCUCUGUUUGGUUUAGAAAUUGAUCAUAAGUCAUGUCGUUUGGCAUUCUGCCUAACCCAGUCAGUCCCUUCCUAAAGUCAUAGACCUCUCUGUUGCUUUAUGUUGGUCACGUCCCCUGACUGUCCGGAUUUCUUCCCACCCCACCCCCACCCUCUCCCAGCACCAGCACCUUAGAAAUUAUUGGCAGAAGAGGGCAUAUGAGCUGCAGGAAAUGGAUACACUGCUCAGUACCUUCCCUUGAGGUUGAGCCUCCUCUCAGACCCUCAGAAAGGUCUGUAAAGGAUGAGUGCUUGGCAGAGGGGAAAGUAGAAAGGGUCUUUAUUUGUUAUAAGCUGUUUCUAAGUGCUGAGAGUUUUGCUUGAAGAGGGAGUGAGCCAUCAUGUUCCCAGCUUUUCGGGAAUGAAAGAAGUUCUACAAUCAGAUAAUCCUUGUGUCUGGGGUCAGUUUGGCCCUGGCCCUAGAGUGAGGCAAGCCCUUCCUAUGAAGAUGAGCAAAAAUAUCACUCCACUUCACUCUUGAGUGCUUUCAGGAUCUGGAGCUUCAGGACUCGCUGCUUCAGUCAGCCUUCAUUAGCACCAAAGACUCCAUGAAGGUUCCACACACAAACACAUAUCCCUUGCCCACCUUCUGCCUACCUUGAGCCGGAUCUGGCCCUGUGGCUAGAAGACCAGCCCCUACGAGGAAACGCGGAGCUCAACAUGUGCACUGCUUGUGUGCGUGUGGAUGUGUGGAUCCCACCUGCCGCCUCCCCAUCUGCUCCGGGUGUAUUUUUGUUUUUUAUAGUUCUAGGUUUACAACAGAGAGGAGUUAAUUUAUCAACAGCCUAAAGUUGUUGCCAGGUUAUCUUACAGUUUAAAACUUGCCAUCUCAUCGGUAGUCCCUUCUCCUUCCCCUCUCCCAUCUGCCAGUCUCUCUGUGCCCUCGUGUCUGAGUGCUGUUUGCCCACCUUUUCCAGGUGUAAGAGGCAGAGAGCCUGGACAGCUUUCUCUCAGCCAUUGUUCACCCCACUUGAAAAUUCAAACAAGAAAACUUUGCUUCAAAGAUCUCAUGUGUGGGAACCACAGCGCCUGGUUGCCUUUCUCCUGUGUAUGUGUAAAUUCCUUAAUAAAUAUUGCAGGGAAAGACCA